AGUCACUCAAUUAAAAAGAGACAGAGAGAGAGCGCCUGGGGGAGGGGCAGUUCCCUGAUUAUAAAACCUGCAGCCUAGGGUUCACUAGCACGAAGCCUGGCCUGCGGGUCCUCUUUCUGUCAUCCCCAGCCAGCCUUAGCUGCUGACAGCUGCUUGGGACUCUGCUGCCAGGCCCUGGCUGGAGUCGCAGCCUCUCCACGCUCUCUCUCAGUGACUGCUGAGCCACAGCUCCUCCAUGGCCCAGAAGGAAGAGGCUGCUGAGGCCGCAGCGCCAGCUUCCCAGAAUGGAGAAGAUCUGGAGAACCUGGAGGACCCCGAGAAGCUGAAGGAGCUUAUCGACCUGCCUCCCUUUGAGAUUGUCACCGGGGAGCGGCUUCCAGUCAACUUCUUUAAGUUUCAGUUCCGGAACGUGGAGUACAGUUCUGGGCGAAACAAGACCUUCCUCUGCUAUGUAGUUGAAGCACAGAGCAAGGGAGGCCAGGUGCAGGCAUCCAGGGGCUACCUGGAGGAUGAGCAUGCGGGGUCCCACGCAGAGGAGGCUUUCUUCAACACCAUCUUGCCGACCUUCGACCCCGCCCUCCGGUACAAUGUCACCUGGUACGUGUCCUCCAGCCCCUGUGCAGCUUGUGCUGACCGCAUUAUCAAAACCCUUGGCAAGAGCAAGAAUCUGCGCCUUCUCAUCCUGGUGGGCCGACUGUUCAUGUGGGAGGAGCCCGAGGUCCAGGCUGCUUUGAAGAAGCUAAAGGAAGCCGGCUGCAAACUGCGCAUCAUGAAGCCCCAGGACUUCGAGUACAUCUGGCAGAAUUUUGUGGAGCAAGAGGAGGGUGAAUCCAAGGCCUUUGAGCCCUGGGAGGACAUUCAGGAAAACUUCUUGUACUAUGAGGAGAAGUUGGCGGACAUCCUGAAGUAGGCAGCAGAGCUCGGCCUCGUGUCUGUCUGCUGCAACCAGAGAAGCACACACACACGGCACCCAGGACAUGCCUGUCUUCCUAAUGCUACUUGGAGCUGGACAACAUUUGACACCAACCUGUCAUAUAGGACAAGGCCCUCAGAGAUCUCGAAACACACCUCUCAUGCUGUCAUUCAUGUGCCUUUCUAACAUGGCUUGUAGAGAAGGAAACGAAGAAUCAAAGAGAAACGCGACUGUAUAUUGGAAUCUGGGGGUGAGGAGGUUUUACUACCUCCCCAGUGGGGUUGCUUAAGACAAAGAGCCUCAGAUUCAAGGUACAGACCUUGAAAUAUGUUCAGAAAAGCAUUUUUGAGUUGGGCUGUUUUUUUAAGAAAGAAAAAUAGCAACAUUAAUAAAAGAAAUGGUGUGAUUUA